CGCAUGGGCCUGACUGAGGAGCAGCCACUUCCUGGAGCCUCCAGCCGAGGCCGCUAGUUAACCCCGAGUCUGCACUAGAGGGUGGGUGCUGGGUGCUGACCUCGCCACUAUGUCCCAUCAGACCGGCAUCCAAGCAAGUGAAGAAGUUAAAGAUAUCUUUGCCAGAGCAAGGAACGGGAAAUACAGGCUUCUAAAGAUUUCGAUUGAGGAUGAACAACUUGUAGUUGGAUCUUCUAGUCAGCCUGCAGAGACUUGGGAUAAAGAUUAUGAUUCUUUCAUCUUACCACUACUAGAAGAGAAACAACCAUGCUACAUAUUAUACAGGUUAGAUUCUCAGAAUGCACAAGGAUAUGAGUGGAUCUUCAUUGCAUGGUCUCCAGACUAUUCUCAUGUCCGUCAAAAAAUGUUGUAUGCAGCAACAAGAGCAACUCUGAAAAAAGAGUUUGGAGGUGGUCAUAUUAAAGAUGAAUUAUUUGGAACGGUGAAGGAAGAUGUUUCACUGAGUGGAUAUAGAAAAUAUUUGGUAUCUCAGUCCUCCCCAGCCCCACUGACUGCUGCUGAGGAAGAAUUACGGCAAAUUAAAAUUAAUGAGGUCCAAACUGAUGUUGGUGUGGACACUAAGCAUCAAACACUACAGGGAGUAGCAUUCCCCAUUGCUGGAGAAGCUCUUCAAGCUUUGGAAAAAUUGAAUAAUAGACAGCUCAACUAUGUACAAUUGGAAAUAGAUAUAAAAAAUGAAGUUAUAAUUUUGGCUAACACAACAAAUACAGAGCUAAGAGAUUUGCCAAAAAGGAUUCCAAAGGAUUCAGCACGUUAUCAUUUCUUUCUGUAUAAACAUUCCCAUGAAGGAGACUAUUUGGAGUCUAUAGUUUUUAUUUACUCAAUGCCUGGGUACACAUGCAGUAUAAGAGAACGGAUGCUUUAUUCUAGCUGCAAGAGUCCUCUGCUAGAAAUUGUAGCAAGAAAACUACAGAUGGAUGUAAUUAGAAAGAUUGAAAUAGAUAAUGGAGAUGAAUUAACUGCAGACUUCCUUUAUGAAGAAGUACAUCCAAAGCAACAUGCACAUAAACAAAGUUUUGCUAAACCAAAAGGUCCUGCAGGAAAAAGAGGAAUUAGAAGACUAAUUAGGGGUCCAGCUGAAACUGAAGCCACUACUGAAUGAAAUCUAUUACAUGCACUGGUAAUACUAAGUAUUACAAGACCAACUUCUUGUUUUUAGUACCAGAGAACAUUAAGCAUUACAUAUGAAUAUGGAAUGUUCAGAAAAAAAUUUGUUUAAAAAACAAUAACACCACCACCUACCUGUUAAUUUUCAACAAGACAAACUCUAAAACAAUUAUUUCUGUUUUCAACUUUAAGUUAAAAAACACUUAUGGGGCAACUAGGUGGCACAGUGGAUAAGCACUGGCCCUGGAUUCAGGAGGACCUGAGUUCAAAUCCGGCCUCAGACACUUGACACUUACUAUCUGUGUGACCCUGGGCAAGUUACUUAACCCCAAUUGCCUCACUUAAAAUUAAAAAAAAAAAUUAUGAUAGUUUUUCAGUUUUAGAACAUUGAGUUAUAAAUCAACACUUCAUUAGCAUCACCUACUUUAGUCCUUGAAUUUCCUAUAAAGCUUAAAAUUGCAUACAAUUAGGCUAUUAGGUUAAAAAAAAAAGUCAUUCUACUCCUACUGUCCUCCAAACAUUCCAAGACAUGCUAUAAUUUUUUUUUUCCCUAAUUGAACAUCUAUUUGGUUCAUCUUUAAACCUUUUUAAAAAUCGGGGGGGCGGGGGGGGCGGCUAGG